AUGCUAGGAGCUAUGACAGCCAAGGCCUUCGAGGACCCAAAGCGUGGUGUUCUCUACCGUCUUGUGAGCUAUCCCCCUCAGUGGGGCAUUGGGACUGUCCGGCACACUUGGGCGCAGUACUGCGUGCAAACCUUGAAUGACAAUCAAAUGCAACUUGCAACGGAGGAUGUGGGCUACUUUCCAAAAGAUCCUACCAUCUACCUCUACUGUUAUGACGAAGAGGAUCAUAGUUGGGCUGUUGAGGCUGCAGACGCCAUCACUACGGACACCAUGGCCAAUAUUCAAUGCACGAGCCGCAUCCAAAAUUCGGGAAAGCGGCGAGCAGUUCACAAGAUUGUGACCUUCUGGAUUUACCGUAGUCACGUGACGGGCAGCUUGCCACGCGAGUCGCGCUCCAAUGGCGAUUACAUCUUCGACGCCAUCCGCAUGCCACUUACAAGACUUCUAUUCAAGAUCCUACUCGCGGCCUGA